AUGAGGGAUUUCACUUUGCUUUCAAGGUAUUUGUUAACUCGCCAAUGUAAGAUCUCACUUCCUCAGAAGACCAGCCUUACUUGUAGAGCAAAGAGGGCUUUGGAACUUAAGGGAAAGAAGAAGAAAUGGAAGUUGAAAACUAGCUCAUGGGGAUUUGCACUGUUAGAUGUCUCGAGUCCGUGGUCUUUCAUAGCUAAAGCUUUCGUGGAUCCAUUUAGAAGAUUCUACUUUGAAGAGUAUAUCCAAACUGUUCUUGUGAGCGAUCUAAGUAAGCUCGUUUACAAUAGUCUGGUUAACAACAUUACAAAGAAAGAAAUUAGCCACAACUAUAACUACAAGAUUUUGUCAAAGUUUUUCGAGUUGGCUGCCAAGCUAGGAGGGGUAAGCAUGAACUAGUGCUACUCUAGAAAAUUCAACUUGCUCUAGACAGCCUGGUGAUGAAGAAAAGCACCACCGACCUGGAUAUGCAGGACAUCUUAUAUAAAUGUUUACUGUUAUAAUUAAUAAGUUACCGGUAGCACACCCGUAUUGGGGUUCUUCCUCUUGUAUUCCGGAUCGAACUAUGAUUUAAAAGUGCUGGAUCAGUAAAAAAGGAGAAAACUGAAGUACCCAGAGUAAAACUAACAACAAAUUUAACGCGCAAAUGAUGCUCAGUACAUAAGAUGACCUUUAAUGUUUCGGGGACUAUAAGCAUUUAGAUUUCGUGUUUUGCUGUCGGUGCAUUUCGUACAGUGAAGAUAAUUAACUACACAGUAAAUUACAGCUGAUCAAACAAUGUUAUGUCCGAGAAGUUUCGUAUUUUCUAAAACUUCCAAUUAUUUCUGUGGUUUGUUUUAGGAGGUUGCAAUGCGAGCGUCCGAAUACGAACCCUUUAUCAACGACAAAAAGGAAUGGAUUAGUGACAAGUACUUUACUCAACAGCGUUUGGCAGGAGUCAAUCCAAUGUCAUUGAGACGAGUGACUUUCCAUGGGGCCUCUAAAGGUCAGUGAUCGAUUCUCUCUUCCAGCGCGGGUGCUGGCGCAGUUAGUUGACCCAUGGGUUCUUAUUAUGUUCCCAAGGGAACAUGCCAAUAAAGUUUCGAGAAAUCAGUGGAAUUCGGUAGCGAAUCCAAAUUUUCAUUCCUCUCCCACGCGAUUGGAAAAUUUAACUCGUACAAAUUAAAUGAAAAUAAGAGUAAACAAAUCUAUUAAUAACUUGAAACAUCCUCAAAGUUGUUUUCCGGGAAAACCGAUGUAACCGAGGAAACUGCCCUCUUACAGCAAGAACGAGAACUAACAAACAAAUUGAUCCCACGCGGGGUGUCAACACCGAGAUCUUAGCCUAAGAGCAAGCUCUCCGGGACGCUAUGGAGGCGGGGCGAGAAAAGGAAGGAGAGCUUGUAACUGCGUACGUCUCUCGAAUUUGAAGUCCAGCUCCAAUUGCCCACUGGCUCCCCGUCAGAUUUCCGCCAAUCAGCGCGGAGCGGAAACGAGCGCGAAUGUAAAUAAACAGUGGCGCGACACGCCCCAAGGAUAAUGACGUCAAAUAUCAUCUCUGCCAAUCAGCAUUUCCCUUCGACUUUUUUAUGCAGAUGUUCAAAUUCCAGAGACGUAGUUGCAAGCUCUCCUUCCUUUUCCCGCCACGCCGCCGGAGUGUCCCGAAGACCUUUCUUGCAGGCUACCGAGAUGUGCGCACGAGCCACAUUGGUGGCAGGUACUCUCCACUGAGCCAAGACCCCUCCCUCCCUUUAACUUUUUAACAAAUCCAAGUUCUCUGAAUAGAUUCUGUUAACUGUAGUUUUUUCACGAAAUUCCAAACUCUGCAAAACUUAGUUCACGGACAGGUGAUGGAAACCCCCAAUUUAUGUUAAAGGAUAAAGAUCGCACAGGAUAACAUGGAUGUCAGUCUUUCAGUAGGGGUCACAAUAAAUGUGUUAUUUUAUUUUAUUAUUAAAUACUUAUGUUAAUCACUCAGAACAAAUAGGACUGGAUUGGAACAAACUUAAAGAAAAUCUGAAUCCUGAUUUUGAGUGGGAAGCUGCUGUACAGAAGGCUUUGGGAAAUAUCUCGAUUGAAGAGGUGUGUUCACAUUUGUUUCUUUGACAGUGAAUUAGACAUUUAACGCAGAUAUCAGAACGUUAAGAGUACUAUCAAACCACAUUAAUAAGGACACUAAGGGGUCAUAGAAAGUGUCCGUAUUAACGGCGUGUCCGUAUUAAGCGGGUCAAAUUUAGGGAGAAUGUAAGGACUUUGUUGCCCUAGGGACAAAGCAAACUGGCCUUAUUAACGAGUUGUCCGUAUUAAGGGACAGACCAUUAGAAAACUUGUGGGAGAGGGGGCGGGCGAAGUGCAAAAAAAAUAUCCGCGCAAGGAAAAGUUAAAUGAAAAACAAUUCAUGUACGCCAAUUAACCCUAAAAAAUAUUCAUGCUAUGGCCUAAAAAAUAUUCAUACAAAGAAUUUGAUAACGAAAAAAAUUCUUGGGGCUCGGAAAUUCCCCCCACCCCCCCAUAAGCUGGUGUCCGUAAAGCGGGGUUUGACUGUAAUUUAAUAAGUAAUAAAUUCGUUUAUUCCUGUAGGAUGCAAUAAAUGCGGAAAGGUCUGCUCUUGUUUCUUACUUAUUUAUAAAUCUCCAAAUUUUUGGCCUUUUUAGGCAAUUAUACAGGGCCGCAUUUAUGCCCUCCGCUAUGAACAGUGUGACGACUUGCCCAGAGAACCGGACCUCACGGAUAAUGAUCCUAGAAGAACCAUGUGGGACACUCUUUCUCCAAUUGCUUUGUUUGUUUCUGCUCCAGACUUCGUAACAGAUCGAAAUGAUCUUGUCGCUGUGGCUAUUCAAAUGGACCACACCAAAGGUACAACACUCUUUAGUUGUCCGUUUCAUUGCCUCAAUUUAGUAUACAUGGAUUAAACACACAUUUUUGUUACUAAAGACAUGAAUGCGAUCAAAUAAUCUGGCUGACAAUCCGUAUAGAUCAAGAUCAAUAAAGAAGUGCGAACACAAAAUCACUUCGUUUUAAAUGCGUCGGUAGUAUAAGCUGGUAGUGUCAAAACAUGUUUAGUUUUUCACACUCGUAGAUCAUUUUGUUUGGCGCACGUUUGUGUUUUAUGUCUAUUUUUUAGACUCAGCUGUUUUUACACCCAAUGACGAAGGCAACUGGAUGAUGGCUAAACUUAACGUCCAGGUCACAGAUCUUGGAUACGCACAAAUAGUGGAACAUCUUGCUAAGGUAGAUUAAAUCCUCUGAAAGAUAAUACAUCUGUGAAAACGUAAAUACUUAACUGCAGUAAUUACUUUUGUGAUAUGAGAAAGACUGCCUAAUCUGCCUUGGGAGGUGCGAGGAUUUUUUAGUAUAGAAUGGAAUAGAGUAGAAUGCUUGACUGAAAUACCUCGCUAGCAGUAUCAACUGAAUUACCAAGGUUUAUAAUAAAUAGAAAAUGGUUUUGAAACCUAUGUACAAAAUUAAUCCUACAAUUAUGAACAUGUAAAAUCUUAGACUAACCAUGAAUUAUAUCAAAAAAUACUUGCGCGUUUGUUGAUAAAGAUAUCAGGGCACCUGUUGUUCUUGCAUGGCUUUACACGGUAUGAUCUUACCUAGUCCCUAGGCCUCAUUAUUCUGCGCGACCAAAGCGUUUCGGGGCACGUGGUUCAAGCGAAAUGUGAGGGCGUUUCCCGCGACGUUUCCCGCCAGUUCGCCUCGGAUACGUCACUGAACUGAAUUGAUCGAGAGGGCCUGGGAAAACGCCGUACAGGGACAAGGCAAGGUAUGAUGAGUUCCACCUGAGGUUCUCAGAGGUCCCUCGUUGAAUGGAGUGAGAUGGAGCAAAACGUCAGGGAGAUUAAUGUCGCCAACCGUUCAGCUCCAUAGGGUUUUUUGUAAUAUGACAGUUUUAAAUUUUAGAAAUUUCAUCCCAAUUAAUUUUAAAAAAUGACAGCGGCCGGGAUUUUGUUAUCUGAACAGUCCUUUUGAUUUAGUCCUUUUUUAAAAAACAUGUUUAAUUUUAAUUUUAAACGUUUGGUUUUUAUUCUUCAUGGUGGAUGGAAAUGAGCAACAGUCUCUUGCCGUUUUAUUCAUUUUGUUUGAAUAGUAGGUUACUAGGUGAUAUUUGAAGUACAUUUUCUAGCGAUUAAUGAUUUGAUUUGCUGGUUUUAUGUAUUCUUUGUUCUAGGUUCAUUUCCUGAUGGAACCAUUCUGUGUUAUCUUACGACGAACUCUAUCCUCUCGGCACCCGUUGUAUCAAAUACUACAGUAUCACUGUCGAGAUGUUACAGUACCGAACACAAUCGGAGCUCCUGUUCUUGUUGGCGAAGGAGAAUAUAUGGAUCAGCUGUUUGCAUUUGGAAAUGUGGGAACAGAUCGUCUUCUGAAAGAUGCACAUCCAUUAUCCACAUGGGAAGUCACAGAUUUUAGAAACGAGUUAAAGGUGAGUUGCUGUAAAGACUUAACAUUCUUUUAGCUGUUCAAAGUUACCGGUUAGUAGUCUAUGCUAGCAGCUGUUUCGCGUGAUUUCUGAAAGAUUACAAAGCUAGGUCAUGUAAUUCAGCGAAAAUAAGCCCUUUAAAAAACGGCCACUAAAGUAAAUAAAAUAGCAUAAUCGACUGCAGUAACACUGCGAAGAAAUAAAUUAAUAACAUAGCAAAGAAAAAAGCCUACGAAUGGUUAAAAAAUUGGACAAAAUUUGACAGGAACAGAACUUGCGUAUAGCGGGAAUGCUAUUGAUCGUUUUCGCUGGCGUGGUCAGCAGUUACGCAAAUUUCUUGGAAUAAAAGCCUUUUUUAUGAUUUAAAAACGGACUUAAAUCCACACAGGUGCCAGUUCGUCUUUUUGUUGUAAAUGAUGCCAUGACGAUGACGAUGAUGACAUCACUGCAGAUAAUUUCUUUAUCAAUGUUUCAGCCAACUUCAACUUUUAUCUUCUAAACCUUUUUAGAGGAAUGAAUGGUGAAGCACCAGUUCAAUCCAAAAAUUCCACAAGAUGAUGUUGUAAGGAGGUCAAGCUACCUCCUUGAGUAAAACACAUUAUACCUCGCUUAUUUAAAAAUAAUGAUGAUUACCUCAUUCUGUGUAAAUUUGGUAGCCAUGCUAGUGCUGUGAGGUUUUAAAGUUAUAGUAAGCAAAGCCCAGAGGUCCGACCCUUCGCCCUUGCCCCGCCCCUCUCGAUGCCCGGAAGCCCCAAAAAGCCGUGUUUGAAGAGGUGGUAGGAAGGGGUUGAGAAUUACAUAAAGUUUAGCAAUAUCGGAUAGAUCGUAACAAUGAGAAAGGUAGGGCUCAGUUGGUAAAUGACAUUUAUUUUAUUUUUUGGGGGGGGGGGCUUUCUUUUCUUUUGUUUUUUCAUUUUUGCUUGUUAGAUUUCUUUGUAACUUAAUUACUCUACUGUUUUUUUUUUAAAUCACUACCGAAACAGUAAAAUUUUUUGGCAAUUUCUUUUGUUUAUUAACCAGAAACGCCGGGUUGAUGAUAAGGAUCUUCUUCCAUACUUCCCUUACCGAGAUGAUGGGGAGAAAAUCUUGGAGGUUAUUGAACACAUGGUGACGGAAUAUAUAGGCUUGUAAGUAUGAAUAGUUCUGGAAGGAGUUCACCGACCGGGAAUCGAAAUGGGAAUUGUAAUCUAUUUGGUACAUAAAUCAAACCAAAACUAAAACCGAGGUUCCUUCUAAAUACUCUGAUUAGCCAUUUAGAUUUCUCUCUCUCUCUCUCUCUCUCUCUCUGUUUCUGAUUGGCUAGUACCUGGUUAAUUCUUCUUAACGAGCCGUUAAUCAAACUUUGACGAUGUUUGCCGACAUCGAUAAAGACGAUCUCAUCGAGGGACAGGCAACUUAGUUGUUAAGACUGGAAGGUUGUUUGGAAAUAUAUUUGAACGAUUUAUGAACAACAAUUUUACGAUUCGGCUUUCUUGAAGGAUUUUGCAGAUUACAGGUAUGAUAUCCACUUCGAUCAUAGUCACCCUAUCCAAAAAUUGCUAAAAAAAAAUGAAAUGAUAACGGUUCAGAAAAUAAUAACAUAACAGUUGUGUAGGAGAUGCUGGUAAGGUCUCUCCUGACUGGUCGCAGAAAACAAUGACAUGUCAUUCUUUCAGUAUUGCUUGGGGUCAGGGUUAGGCACCAUUGCUGACUUCUCUUCCAAGCAGCUGUUACAUGGCCCUAAAUUAAAAUGACCCUGAGGAGCCACUGGGAGGCGCAGAUCCAUAUGGACCAUAUCUGAAAAGAUCUGAGGUCGCCUCUCGUCCUUCUCGUACUGAGGUUCACAAAGAUGCUUGAUGUCGAUGAUAGUUCUUGACUCUGAAAACAUGUGUGAGAAAAAUUAAAUUACUGCAUUUUUUUCUUUUUUCUUGUUUUAGGUAUUAUUACGACAAUCGAGACGUAAAGGAAGACAAAGAAUUUGGCAACUUUCUCAAUGAGUUGUCUAUUGAUGGAAAACCGCUUUUCCACGGCCGCAUUGGAAAGGUGAGCUUACUGAGUAAUUUUUCAUCAGUUGUUUCAUCGCUGACAUUGCUCUUACCAAAUGCUACUAACCUAGCAGAAAUGGCCUUGCACUUUAAACUUAUCCAAUCCUCUUUGCGGAUGAGCAUUGUUUCGAAAUUCUUUAUGGAUCUCGUAACAAAAUUGAAUGGUAAUUUCCUGAUUGCUUUGCUUUUUUGAGCGACUGGUUCUCGACCAAUCAAAAGCCAAAAAUGUAAGACAAUUUGGCUGCCUACAACUUAUUUACUGGUCCAUUUACCACCUUAAACGGACAGCCGUAUAAGUGAAUUAUCCUUUAUAUUAACAGAUUAAAGGUUUACCGCCAAAGAUCAAUACUAAAGAAGAACUCUGUGAUAUUGUAUCUCGGAUCAUCUCACAACUGAGCCUUCAACACUCCACAGUCAACUACCCGCUAUCAGACUAUGCUGAGUACAUUCCUAACCUACCAACAAAGUUGUACAAUGACACCAGACUGAAGGAGGGGGAAUUCUCGGUUCUGCGACUGCCAAACAGGAAUACAUCUGCUGUAAGUUUUUCAAGUUUAGCUUGUUUCGUAACUGGCUAAUUAAGUAUGUUAGUUUGAAGCUGCCUUUCGUGUUAAGUAGUUUUGACACUGAUGUUUUUCUGCCUCCUGAUAUGGAGAGUUAGUUAUACGGUGUGCACGUGUAAUCAAAUUACAGCAUCUCUCUCAAUCAGUCUUCCUUUUCAAAGCGGAAUUUUAAAUCUUCACCGAGUCGAUGGACGUCUUUCUUUCAACUAGUUCAUUUUCUUUUUUAAUUGUGAGUAUAAGCAGCUCCACCAUUUUAUAUGGUAGCCAGAUACAACCCACAAUCCCUUGAUUGAUUAUGGUGAUACAUUGACCUUUUAGACUAGUAAAACCAAAUUUCUGUGGUCCUCUCUUCCUCCAACACUGCAGCACAGUUUCUGUUUCAGUUUCUAUUAGACCCCUCGUGUUAACUGCGCCUUACACCUUCCGAGCGAAGCCAGUUUGACCCUAAUAACAUAAUGUUAUUGAAGCGUUUUAAAUGCCAACAAUUAUUGGUAUUUCUGAAACGGUAACGUUCAAGCCAACGGUCCAAAUGUGAGAUCCUUACUAUGAAUAGUAACUAAGGGAGUCUGUUUGUGGUCGACAGUAGAUAAAUUCGUUGAGGAAAGUGUUUCAGUUCAUUAGUAAACAUAGCCUUCCCAGUGCGCCACUGUUCUGUCUAAGGGCCUGUUUACAUGGAGGUGGGGUACCCCAGGUAGGGAGGUAAAAUAUGGCGGGUCACCCCACCUAUCAUGUAAACGUGAUCAAAUUAAAAUGAGAGAUUAUAUGGACAAACGGGUUACCCCACCUAAGCGGGUUGCCUCACCUACCUGGGGUUCCCCCACCUCCAUGUAAACAGGCCCUAAAACUUGAUGGUGAGCCAGUGGUACCCUGUAUAUCUUCCUACCGUUAAACUAUGGUUUCACACAUCUUAAUUUCCAGAUCGAAGCCAGCUUCAGUAACUCCCUGGCGUUAUACCGUUUGGACACUUUAUUUGACUACGGCAACAACCUUGAGGACAUCAGAGCUGUGAAUCUUAUCAACGAUUAUUACAGCUUCCUCUUGUACGAAGUUCAGCCUGAGAUGCAAGAAGUGAAUGAAGAACGAAAGGAAAGAGGUGAUCUCACCUACCCCUACCUUAUCCCGAGAUGGAUACCUAAUGGAAUUCAGACCUAA